CCGCCGCCGCCGCCGAGCGAAGCCGGGCCGGGCUUGGAGCUGCUCAUGGAGAAAGUGCCCGGCGAGAUGGAGCGCAGGGAGCGGAGCGAGGAGCUGUCCGAGGCGGAGAGGAAGGCGGUGCAGGCGACCUGGGCCCGGCUGUAUGCCAACUGCGAGGACGUGGGGGUGGCCAUCCUGGUGAGGUUCUUCGUGAACUUCCCCUCGGCCAAGCAGUACUUCAGCCAGUUCAAGCACAUGGAGGAGCCGCUGGAGAUGGAGCGGAGCCCCCAGCUGCGGAAGCACGCCUGCCGGGUCAUGGGGGCCCUCAACACGGUGGUCGAGAACCUGCACGACCCCGACAAAGUGUCCUCCGUGCUGGCGCUCGUGGGCAAAGCCCACGCCCUCAAGCACAAGGUGGAACCCGUGUACUUCAAGAUCCUCUCUGGGGUCAUCCUGGAGGUGAUCGCCGAGGAGUUUGCCAACGACUUCCCACCUGAGACGCAGAGAGCCUGGGCCAAGCUGCGUGGCCUCAUCUACAGUCACGUGACCGCCGCCUACAAGGAGGCAGGCUGGGUACAGCAGGUCCCGAACGCCAGCACCCCACCGGCCACGCUGCCCUCCUCGGGGCCGUAGGACCCCUCCCACCUCCCCCCGUCCCUGGCAGCACCUUGAGCGGAAGGCCGAGUUCCGAAGACCCUCCUUGAAGCUCCAUUUCCGGGUGCCAAGGAAGCUGGAGGGGUCCCCGACGCGUCUGCCCAGAGGGGGCCUCCGCGGUGGCCGCUGUCCCCCCCACACACACCUGGAGCUGCUGGGAGGCGGCUGCCCAGAUGCUGACCCCAGCGCGGGGCGGGCGGGGACCCUUCCGCCUUGCAGAGCCGGGCCGCUCUUAGCUUUUCUACUCUCCAACGACGUGGCUGGCGGCUGGCGGGAAGAGGACAAGGGAGCCAGCCCCGUGUCUGCCGGCCGGCACGGGGCCUCCGUCUCACCAUCUAGAGAUCACGCACACACCGUAUAUACAGAUAUAUUCUAUAUACAACCUCUCUCUAUAAAUAUAUAUAAUAUAUAUAUAUGCACACGUACAUACCUACCAUGUGUAGCUGCAGGCCCUGGAGCCUCUGGCCCGCCUGCCUGCGUGUGGGGCAGGGGGCAGAGGGCUCUGGAGGGUGCGAGUCCCCCAGGAGCGCAGCGUGGGCUGGAGUGAGGUCACCCGGCUUCCCACACCCCUGCGGCCCCUCCCCCAAAGGCUUAGGUUAGACUUGGCUUCCCGUGGCCAAGGACAGACGGAGAGGCCCAGAAGUUCCGGGCAGGGUGAUGCUGUGCGGGGAGGGGGCAGUAGGGACACCUCCACUGCCAGCCUUACUCCUUGUGUGAUAGUUCCCCCCUCCCCGGCAUCUCGGCAGGUGGUAGAACCACAGACGCUGCCUCCUCCGGCCCCAUCCCUCUGCCUCAGGGCCCAGGGCUGCCCUGUCCGGCCCGGCUCCCGACCGGCAGUGGGUCUCUGUGCACAGCAGCCCCCCCUGCACCCCGUGUGCCCCUUGGUCACGUGUGUUGUCCUCCGGGAUGUUUGCCGCUGUGGCUACUGCACCUGUGUUCCUGCGUGCCGUCUUCCUCCAUCCGCGUAACUGCCUGUCCUGUCGUGGUUUCUCCCGUGUGUAGCCGGACCCCGGGUCAUUAAACCAACCGU